UGCGGAAUUUACUAUUCACUAAAAUUGUUACGCACAAUUCACCCCCCGCGCUCGUUGCGGAGAGAUGGAAAUAGUAAGCACUGCCGUAAAUCGACAGUGGUUGUCGGUUCAUUCAUAACAGUUGAACGCAGGUCUGUCACUGGGCGGUGGUAACAAGUGGAGAUUACCGUGUGGAAAAUGGCUAAGCGGAGGAUCACACAGGAAACCUUUGAUGCUGCUGUCCGGGAAAACAUGGAGGAAUUUGAGAUGGAUCCUGAUGACGCUUUGAAGGAUGCUGUGGAGCAGUUUGAGUCUCAAGGUGUGGACCUCAGUUGUAUAGUACAAGCUGUACCAGCUGUGUCAUCUGAUGACAAACAAGAAGAGCAAACACAUGAGGUCUUACAGGCUUUGGAUUCCCUGCGAAUUGGAAGAGACUCUGCCAGUGCUAUGCAAGUGACGGUAGACAUGAAACGCUUCACUGAGCAUUGCUCUCUUGGAUUUGCUCAGAGGUACCUGGCUGCCCAAAAAGACGCCUACCCCGUCAUCCUCUCUUACUGCAAAAAGAGCGUGGAGGAGCAAGAAGCUGUGUUGACCGCCCUGUCCGCUCUGGCUGCACUGACAGAUGGACAGCCAGACUUGUUGGAUGCAGAGGGCCAGCAUUUCCUUUUGGAUGUCCUUAAGAAGUACCAGGCAGACUCCUCUGUGACACGUGUAGCCAUCUGCGCUGUACGUCACUGCUGUUUGAAACAUGAACAGAACAGGCAGGAUUUGGUAAAAGGUGGCGUCCUGCCUCUGCUGACUGGUGCAAUUACACAACACAGUGGAUGUGCUCAGCUCGUCAAGGAGGCCUCUGCAGCUCUCAGGGUCAUGACCUUUGACGAUGAUGUCCGAGUUACAUUUGGGCAGGCUCAUGAACACGCCAAGAUUAUUGUUCUUGAGCACAAUGGACUGAAGGUUUUAAUUGAGGCUGCGAAAGCUCACCUUGAUAAUACAUCUGUUCUGAGUGAGCUUUGUGCAACUUUGUCCCGUUUGGCCGUAAGGAACGAGUUCUGUCAAGACAUCUGUGAUCUAGGAGGAUUGAAAUUCAUGUUGACGCUGCUUGCAGACAGCUAUGAGUCACCGGAGUUGGUUCGACAGGUCCUUAGUGCAAUACGAGCCGUAGCAGGAAAUGAUGAUGUGAAAGAUGCAGUUGUUAAUGCUGGUGGAGUCCAGCUCGUUGUCAUUUCCAUGAACAGACACAUGAACAACUCUGCUGUGUGUGAGCAGGGCUGUGCAUGCCUCUCUGUCCUCGCUUUGCGUAAACCCAACAACUGCAAAGUCAUCAUGGAGAAUGGAGGUGCCUUGGCAGCCGUGCAGGCUAUGAAGGCACAUACUCAUGCGGUCAAUGUGCAGAAACAGGCGUGUAUGCUGAUGAGAAACCUGGUUUCACGUAUGAGUAACUACAGUCAACCAAUCCUGGAGAUGGGAGCAGAGGCCCUGAUAGCUCAGGCACUACAGACCCAUGAAGACUGUGGUGAUGUGUGUAAAGCAGCCCUCAGAGAUCUGGGAUGCCAGGUGGAGCUUCGAGAGCUGUGGACCGGCAAACAUGGCAGCAUCACCAACUGAAAGUAGAGGAGAGCUACCAUGAGUUUACCUGAAAUGCAAUUUAAGGCAAGGUGAAAUGUUAUGAUGUUGGUAUACAUAGCUACCAGCUAGACAUAUUUGUACGGAGUAGUUGUUGUAGAAAAGGCUUGUGAACAGUGUAAACAACCAAGCCACCUGUCCACACAGUCCACAUAACACCCUUGAGUGGUUGAAUAAUUUUUCCCGACCCUUUCCCGUUUCCUUUGCUAGUAAUAUUUAGUUUACACAUUUUCUGAUGCAGAGUAUAUAUCUGUACCACAUUUAUGUUCAUGAGAUGUCAGAUGUAAAUUUGUGUAAUUUGUGCCAUGGGUAAAUAUAAAUGUAUUUGCUGCUAUGCAAAUAGUUUAACUGUACUGUUUUUUGCAGAUUCCUUUCCCAUGUUGGCACAGCCACAUUUUAACAUGACUGCCUUAUAGUUUUACCCUAGCUAAACAUUUCCUUUAUUGUUGCUUAAUUUGUACAAACAUUAUUACAGUGUAAAACUGAAAUAUCUGAUAUUUAAACCUACCUAACAACAUGGCACUGUAUAUUCUGCCUGAUUAUGAUAAAACUCACUUUAGGUGCUUCACCUUUA